ACAGGAGCGGGUACGGCAAGGAAGAUUCGUGUGCAGACGGGGCAGAUAUGGGUCGGAGGAGAGCGCCGGAGGCUGGGAUCCUCGGUCGGGCUCUUAUCCGCCAGCAAGUUCAGCGGAGCCGUAGCCAUCGUCAGACCGACUCCUGGUUGCACACAAGUGAACUCAAUGAUGGCUAUGAUUGGGGUCGUCUUAAUCUUCAGUCCGUGACUGAACAGAGCUCCCUGGAUGACUUCCUUGCCACUGCAGAACUUGCAGGAACAGAGUUUGUAGCUGAGAAGCUUAAUAUAAAAUUUGUGCCUCCUGAGGCUAGAACUGGACUACUGUCUUUUGAGGAGAACCAGAGAAUUAAGAAACUCCAUGAAGAAAACAAACAGUUCUUGUGUAUCCCAAGGAGACCAAAGUGGGACCAAAAAACUAGUGCAGAAGAACUCAAACAGGCAGAGAAAGAUAACUUUCUAGAAUGGAGACGUCACCUUGUCCGGUUGGAAGAGGAGCAAAACCUGAUAUUGACUCCAUUUGAAAGAAAUUUGGAUUUUUGGCGCCAGCUCUGGAGGGUGAUUGAAAGAAGUGAUAUCGUGGUCCAGAUAGUAGAUGCUCGAAAUCCACUCCUAUUUAGGUGUGAGGAUUUGGAAUGUUAUGUGAAAACAGUUGAUGACAACAAGGAGAAUGUUAUUCUGAUAAAUAAGGCUGACUUGAUGACUGCCGAGCAGCGGAGUGCCUGGGCUGAGUUCUUCGAAAAGGAAAAUGUGAAGGUCAUUUUCUGGUCGGCUUUGUCUGAAGCCAUUCAACUGAUUGAUGACUCUAAGGAAGAAGUAAAUGGAGACAGCGCAGAAGCCAUCACAGCUGAGUUUGAAAACUCCAGUUGUGACGAAGCUGAAACUCUACACAAAGAGACUGAACAUCUUUCAGUUAAUGAAGUUGCCAGGGGUGAUGAAGAUGACAGUGAGCAUGAGGACUGCGGGCAGGAGGAGGAGGACUGGCAGACGUGUUCGGAAGAGGGCGGCGGCCCCGACGAGCAGGCCUGCGGCCAGGAUUGGAAGGAGCGCUGUACUGUGCGUUCUGAGGCGCAAGGAAGGAAGACCCCCCGGCAGAGGCAGAUACACAAUUUUAGCCACCUGGUGUCAAAGCAGGAAUUACUGGAGAUCUUUAAACAGCUACACUCUGGAAAGAAGGUGAAGAAUGGACAACUUACUGUGGGACUGGUGGGCUACCCAAACGUUGGUAAGAGUUCAACAAUCAACACCAUCGUGGGCAACAAGAAGGUGUCUGUGUCUGCCACGCCCGGUCACACCAAGCAUUUUCAGACUCUCUAUGUGGAACCUGGCCUCUGCUUAUGUGACUGCCCAGGCCUGGUGAUGCCGUCCUUUGUCUCUACCAAAGCUGAGAUGAUUUGCAGUGGAAUCCUCCCGAUUGACCAGAUGAGAGAUCACCUCCCACCUAUAUCACUAAUUUGCCAGAAUAUUCCAAGACAUGUUUUAGAAGCUACGUAUGGCAUUGACAUCAUAAAACCUAGAGAAGAUGAAGAUCCCCAGCGACCUCCAACGUCAGAAGAACUAUUGACGGCUUAUGGAUGUAUGCGAGGAUUCAUGACAGCACAUGGACAGCCAGACCAACCUCGAUCUGCACGCUACAUCCUGAAGGAUUAUGUCAAUGGUAAACUCCUGUACUGUCAUCCUCCUCCUGGAAGAGAUCCUCUGACCUUUCAGUAUCAACACCAGCGACUCCUAGAGAAAAAAGCGAAUGGUGGGGAAAUAAAAACGCAGCCACGCAGAAAUAAAAAAGCAAAUCAGAUUGAAAAUGUAGUGGACAAAACUUUUUUCCAUCAGGAAAAUUUGAGAGCUUUGACCAGAGGCGUCCAGGCUGUGAUGGGCUACAAGCCUGGGAGUGGCCUGGUGACGGCAGCUACUGUGAGCAGCUCUGAGAUGGGGGCUGGGAAGCCCUGGAAAAAACAUGGCAACAGAAAUAAAAAAAAGAAAAGUCGUAGACUCUAUAAGCACCUGGAUACAUGAACUUGGGCUACAACAGAAGUAGCAUCUGCACUGUGCAUCUCUGGUGCUACAGGGUGGACCCUGCCCUUGUGAUUCACACCCAACAGCUGAUAUCAAGACCGAGGGGCUCCUCAGAGCACCAACUCCAAUUAACAGGGUCGUCUUGGAGCCCCAGAAACCUGUUCCUGUAGGAGGCUGAAUCUGAGAUGAGGGAAUCAAUGAUGUAUGUUUAUUUGUGUAAACAUAUAUACAAAUGCAUAGUAAUUUGUAAUCUGGGAAUUUUUUGAAGAGAUAUUAAAAUUAAAUUGCCACAUG